AUGCGCUUUGAUAAGUUGUCUUCAAGGGAGAUAAGUGUGUCGUUGCAUGGUGCCGACAUCGUGCACAAGCAUGGUGCAGAUUAUGUCAACGUAGCACAGACAAUCCUCAAUAUACUUUAUGAAACAUGCCAUCAGGUGCUGGAAAAGGCAAAUCAGGCGGCAAAAAGCAAUAAAAGAAAUCUCAACGGGUGCUCGAUUGUGACUCUAAUCGAUUGGUUCUCUCAUGGCGUCUGUGAUGCUUCAGCUUUACCCAUUGAUGUGCUGUAUUUCGAUACCCUCGGCAGAUGCAAAUAA